UGAGCGUUGCCAAAGCUGACGUCCCGACCAAUCAGAGAGCAGCAGCGGGAGAUCCAGCUGGUGGAGAAGCAUCCGCUGGAGGAGAUUUGGCGCAAGUUUUGGUGCGGAGAGGACGGACCGACAUCGAGUUGAUUCUGCUGUGAACCGGGAGGAAACCACGUCCCGAGGUCAGAGGACUUGUUUCAACCUUUUAGGAAGGUAACAUUUCACCAGAGAGGACCCAUCUUUGUUCACAAAAGGAAAUAAAAUGCCCAGCACUCGUUCUCAGGACCGAGCUCAGCCCACGCUUCAGUUCCCACGACGUAAAUCCUGCAGAGCGUCUUCACGCUCCAAGACCCCCCAACUCCAGAAGUCUCCAGCUUUGUCACCAGCCAGGCCUGUGCCCCAGUCUGCUGUCCCAACUCGAAUUGGACCUCUUUCUCCAAGACGCACCACUAACCUGGUUACCCCACUGUCUCCCAGACGCUCCCUUGACUGCCCCCCUCCCAUCUCCCCAUCAAGGCCUGAUGCCACCACACCCCAUGUUUCACCCAGAGGCUCAGUGUCUCAGCAACCACAACUGCCCUCUUCCCCAGCUGUUCACACACGGAUCCCCCUCAGCCCACGAAAACGCACAGGUGAUGACAAUGGCUGCAACCUCAGCGCUGCCAUGCAGGGUUCCCCUCCGAAGCAGAGCAGAACCCCUCCGGCCUCAACACGGAAACUGGGCUACGAUGAGAACUCGCCGGUCCCAUCCUGUCCACACUCAUCACCAAGACGUCAGGAAACACCUGCUGGGAGUCCCGUCCGUCACAUGCAGGAUAAGAAGCUGCCGGUUGCCCGACUGUUUGCAGAAAAGUCCAGAUAUCAGAGCGUGAAACAAGCACUCCACACCGCCAUUCCUGAGCGCCUCUUGUCCCGGGAGUCCGAGCAGGCCUCCAUCCGGUCCUUCCUGGAGGAGAAGGUCCUGCAGCAUCGCCCCGGCAGCCUCUACAUCUCUGGAGCUCCAGGAACCGGGAAGACGGCCUGCCUCAACUGUGUGCUGACAGAGAUGAAGGCCGAGCUGUCGGCGGUGCAGACGGUGAUGGUGAACUGUAUGAGUCUGCGGAGCUCCCACGCCAUCUUCCCCCUGCUGGCCGACAAGCUGAAAGUGUCAGGUGGGCAGAGCGGUCUGCAGAGGUUCCUGACGGCCCCGGGGCCCAUCAUACUUCUUGUUCUGGAUGAAAUGGAUCAGCUGGACAGCAAAGCUCAGGACGUCCUCUACACCAUCUUUGAGUGGCCGUACCUGCACAAGUCUCGCCUCACUCUGAUCGGAAUCGCCAACGCUCUGGACCUGACUGACCGGAUCCUGCCCAGACUGCAGGCCCGGCCUCACUGCCGCCCCCUGCUGCUCCACUUCCCUCCCUACAGCCGGCAGGAGCUCAGCGCCAUCGUACAUGAAAGACUCACUCAGGCAUCAGCUGAUGGGAUUCUGGACGCGUCUGCAGUUCAGUUCUGUGCCAGGAAAGUAUCGGCUGUUUCUGGAGAUGCCAGAAAAGCUCUGGACAUCUGCAGGAGGGCCGUCGAGAUUGUCGAAGCUGACGAGAGAAAAAAAGGAUCAGAGCCAAAAGGUGAGUUUGGCUGCAGCUCUCUGACUCGUGGAGUUUGGUGUGAAUUUUGGCUGAGACUUCUUCUGUCCUGGAUGCCAGCAGAGUCUCGGGUCAGCCUCCCGCAGGUUGCACAGGUGCUGUCAGAAGUGUACGGUGACCGCAUGGCGUCUCAGACCAGCAGCUCGGAGGGGGAGUGUUUCCCGCUGCAGCAGAAGCUUCUGGUCUGCUGCCUCCUGUUGCUCAUUCAGAACGGAAAGAGCAAAGAGAUCGUCCUGGGAAAGCUCCACGAGGUAUACAGCCGGCUGUGCGCUCAGAGGCAGGUGUCCGGAGUCGGGCAGGGAGAGUGUUUGUCGCUCUGCAGCCUCCUGGAGAGUCGAGGAAUCUUCGCCUUGAAGAAAGCUAAAGAGGCUCGUCUCACUAAGGUCUUCCUGAAGAUCGAAGAGAAAGAUGUUGAAAACGCUCUGAAGGACCGAACGCUUCUGGGCAGCAUCCUCGCUGCAGGACUCCCCUCAUGACCUCUGAUAUUUCCUGGGAUUUUGUACAGUUUGAAAUGUUUUAGGACUUUUUUUUUAUUCAGCAGGUUUGAGUUUGUAAGAAAUGUUGGAUUUUUAUGAGUUAAACUGCACCUGCUUCAAUUGGAUUUUUGUAAACUUUUUUUUCCCCUGCUGUAAAUAAAUUUACAGACAUUUAAA